CAUUAAAAAUAAUGAGAAUUGUAUCAUCACUGAGAGACUUCAGCGCCGAACAACUAGGUUUCGCCACGCGUCCCAGAAUCCUCUGUGACGCACGUUGACAACACGUCAAAAAUGGCAGAUCCUGCGCCCAGCAAAGCAGAUAUCGAAGAAAUUUUCAAAAAACUGCGGGCUAUUCCUUCGAAUAAGACAUGUUUUGAUUGUAAUGCAAAAAAUCCAGCAUGGUCCAGUGUAACAUAUGGAGUUUUUUUAUGUAUCGAUUGUUCAGCUGUACAUCGUAGUUUGGGUGUACAUUUGACCUUUGUCAGAUCUACCCAACUUGACACAAAUUGGACAUGGCUGCAGCUUAGAAAUAUGCAGCUGGGUGGUAAUACUAACGCUAGAAAAUUCUUUGCACAACACAAUUGUACCUCGAAUGAUGCUCAGCAGAAGUAUAACUCACGUGCAGCUAUGCUAUAUAGGGAAAAAUUGGGGCAGGUAUCAGCUCAAGCAAUGCGCCGUUAUGGCACAAAGGUUUUUCUCCCUUCGCCAAAAAGUAAAACAAUGCUUCAUUUAGAGGAAGGUACGGAAACAAUGUCAGAAGAAACAAACGAGUUGGAUUUCUUUAAACAACAUGAGAAUCUAGAUUCACACCAACCUGAAACAAUAAUUCCGACAGAAGAGAAAGCAUUCCUCGCAUCUAACGCUGUAUCAUACAAUGACAAUACAGAGAGAAACACAUCGGAAAUUGCUUCCAAUUGCUUGGGUCCAUCUGUGAAACUUUCCGAUUCUACCUCAAACAUACAGUUCGAGAGAAAAUCUACCAUAGGUCGUAGGACGGUGCAAUCCAAAAAGGCCGGUCUGGGGAAAAAAGCCGGAAGUUUAGGAGCUCAAAGAGUUAAGACCAAUUUUGACGAACUAGAAAGAAGUAUUACAGAAAUAGGUAAACAAAUACAAGAAAAGGAUCAAGAGGUAACGAAGAAAGAACAAGAGGAAUUGACUACACGUUUAAUCUACCAGUACGAACAAAAUUUGAGUCAGCAAGCGAAGAAAGCGGAAGAGAGAGCAAAACAGCUGGACCCAUCAAAAGCUGGACAAGCGGAACGACUCGGAAUGGGAUUUAAUGUACGAAGCGGCGCCAGUCAUUCUGCACUUGGUGAUAUGAAGACAAUAACACAGGAAACAUCGUCGAAGACCAUAACGGCCGUAGAGCCGAGGUUGAGAGAUAUUGAACGUGAUCUUAUUGUUGGUUUGGACGAAUUUUUUGCAGUUUAUGCUAACAGUACCAGCAAGUCAUCGCGCAGUGAGGAUGUUGUGGUUGUGGCGGAACCGGAACCACCUAAGCGAUUAAUAUCCUCGACACGAACCGCAAAAAAUGAUAUAAAAGCUUCACCUACCGUCGAGGGAGAAGCUCAGAAGAAGUUCGGUAGUGCUAAAGCAAUUAGUUCGGAACAAUACUUUCAAGAUAGUACUUCUGACAAUUCGUGGGAACGUAAGAGUAAUCUACGUCGUUUUGAGGGUUCAUCCAGUAUCUCAUCAGCUGAUUAUUUUGGCACCGAAAGCUCGACGCCAUCCUCGUCCUCGUCGUUAUCUAUUCGUCUCGGCGCGGGAGGAGCCGGUGUCGUAGAUCUGGACGAUGUCCGAGAAAGCGUGCGCCAAGGUGUAAACAAGGUUGCAGGGAGGCUCAGUUCUAUCGCGAAUGCAGCGGUCUCCUCUAUACAAGAUCGUUAUGGGCUCUGAAUGAAAUCUAAUUGCAAUUUAUAAAGAUUGUUAUGACACUUAUAUCCGGACUGCUCUUGUCCAUUGUUUGAAACUGUAAAUAAAAGCUUACCCACAAUUGA